UUGCACCUAGCUGCUUUUCUCUUUUGCCAUCUCUUCCUUCCUUUCACCUUCACCUUCACCAUCAAAGUUUUUUCCUUGAUGGGUUGCUUGUCUUUGGCUUUUCUCUGAAAAAGAAAAAGAAGAGAGAAUGUUGCAGAGAGCAGCAAGCAAUGCAUAUUCAUGGUGGUGGGCUAGCCACAUCAGGACAAAGCAGUCAAAAUGGCUGGACCAAAACCUCCGAGAUAUGGAGGAGAGGGUGAAAAACACUCUCAAAAUCAUUGACCAGGAAGGGGACUCCUUUGCACAGAGGGCAGAAAUGUACUACAGGAAGAGGCCGGAACUUGUAGGCUUCGUGGAAGAAUCAUUUCGGGCAUACCGGGCUUUGGCAGAGAGAUAUGAUCGCCUAUCAACAGAGCUACAAAGUGCCAACCACACCAUUGCUACCGUUUUUCCUGAGCGGGUUGAGUAUGCAAUAGGUGAUGAUGAUGAUGAUGAUGAUGAAGAAGAAGAAAAUCUCCCUGGAACAUCCACUUCUUUUAAUGAUCCAAACAAUUUGGACAUGGUUGAUAAGGCUGUCCCUCAUUCAAGUAUCCCAAAAGUCCCCAAGAUUCCAACUAAAGAUUUCAGGAGCUUAUCUAUGUCGAUCUCAAGGAAAGGUCCACCCAUGAGGACCUCUAGUUCUGCUAAAGCUGCUGUUAUUCAAACUUCAGGACUGAGCAAAGCUGAGGCAUUAAAAGAGAUUGAUAAGCUUCAGAAAGAAAUUUUGGCACUACAAACUGAAAUGGAAUUUGCACAAAGGUUGUAUGAACGUGGAUAUGAAAAGUACUGGGAAUUUGAAAACCAAAUCACUGAAACACAUAAAAGAGUUUGCAGCUUACAAGAUGAGUUUGGCAUAAACAAUGUUAUUGAAGAUGAUGAAGCGCGAAGUUUGAUGGCUACCAGUGCUCUAAAAUCAUGCCAACAGACUUUAGUUAUGUUGCAAGAGAAACAUGAGAAAUCAGUGGAGGAUGCAAACGCAGAGCACCAAAGGAUUAAGAAAGCCCAUGAGAAGUUUGGGACCCUUAAAGGUGAAAUUCUUUCGAAACAAAUGAAUUGGCAGGAGAGCAUGAGACCUGAAUUGAAGGACUUAGACCAAGAGAUAAUUGAUGAGGAACAAGAGAGACAUGAUAUUCUUUCAAAACAAACAAAUCGGCGGGAGAGCAUGAGAUUGGAAUUGAAGGACUUAGAACAAGAGAAACAUGAUAAGAUUGUGAAACUAGCUGAUGUGAAUUCAAACACCUCUCUCACUGUGAUGGAACUGGCAGAGAAUAUUGAUCAACUUGUAACUCAUGUUGUUGCUCUUGAAACUUCUGUCUCUUCUCAGGUUGUUUUGGUGAAUAGACUAAGGUCAGAAACAGAUGAACUUCAUGCACACAUUAGAAGCUUGGAAGAGGCCAAGAAGACUCUGAUGCAAAGUUCGGACAUAAUGAGUAACAGGAUAAAAGAGUUAGAGGAGGAGGUGCUGAGAAUGAAAAAUCAGAUCCAAUGUUUGACAGACCAAAAUAAUAACCUCCAAACACAUUCCACAGAAGCAAGUUGUAACCUUGAUCAUCUUUCUGGGAACUUGCAGAGUGUGAAGCAGGAUGAGGAGGUUGAGGAUACAGUCAUGGUCGACAAAGUGAGAGCUGUUCCUGAUGCCAAAGCAGAAGAGAACUUGGAUGAAGAAAGUGAUAAGAUCGCUCCUUAUGGAUCAACUAUCUCAAAGGAUGUGAUGGCAGAAAAGGCAGAAAAGAAUGAUGAUGACACUCUAGCACUCAAUAAUUCCGUUGAAGUUGAAGGAGAAAACCAGCCUAACUCAAGCAAUGACCUCAGUUUGAUGCCUGAAAAAGAAAAAACUCAAGAAAGUGAUAAGAUGGCUCCUUAUGAAUCAAUUAUCUCAAAGGAUGUGAUGGCAGAAAAGGUAGAGAAGAAUGAAGAUGACACUCUAGCACUCAAUAAUUCCAUUGGAGUUGAAGGAGAAAACCAGCCAAACUCAAGCAAUGACCUCAGUUUGAUGCCUGAAAAAGAAAAAACUCAAGAAAGUGAUAUGAUGGCUCCUUAUGAAUCAAUAAUCUCAAAGGAUGUGAUGGCAGAAAAGGCAGAGAAGAAUGAUGAUGACACUCUAGCACUCAAUAAUUCCGGUGAAGUUGAAGGAGAAAACCGGCCUAACUCAAGCAAUGACCUCAGUUUGAUGCCUGAAAAAGAAAAAACUCAAGAAAGUGAUAUGAUGGCUCCUUAUGAAUCAAUAAUCUCAAAGGAUGUGAUGGCAGAAAAGGCAGAGAAGAAUGAUGAUGACACUCUAGCACUCAAUAAUUCCAUUGAAGUUGAAAGAGAAACCCAGCCUAACUCCAGCAAUGACCUCAGUUUGAUGCCUGAAAAAGGAAAAACUCAGGAACCAAUACAGCAGGAAAAAGAUGAGAAGCAAGAUUUACCUGAGACGGUAGAUGGGAAUCUUGACGUUAAGCCACAUGAUUCAGAGGCCAAGGAGGAAGAAGAUCAACCAAUCUGGAAAUCACUUUUUGUAAAGGGGUUAGAGGACAGAGAAAAGAUUCUGCUAGAGGAGUUAACUACAGUUUUUACUAAUUAUAAGUCAGUAAGGAACACGCUCAGUGAAGUGGAGCAGAAAAACCGGGAUAGCAUCUUUGAACUGGCAAUGCAGGUAAGAGAAAUGAAGAGUGCUAUUACCUCGAAAGAUGAGGUGAUCCAAUCUUUACAACAGAAAUUAGGCCGCCCAACAGUAGGUCCUUACACUACACCAGAAAUUAAAUACAUACAACAGAACAUGCCUCAAACAUCUCUGGGCCCCCAGGUCUCUAAAAAUGGUUCGGACCAAUAUUUACUUGCUGAUUUCUUUGGUGAACUAUAUCCUAAUUCCACAGAAACAAAUGAAAAAUCACAUGGAAACUUGAAAUUAUUACUAGAGAAUGACAAAAAUAAGAUGAGGAGGCUAAAUCAUAUAACGAAACAAAAUGCUACUUUAGCUAUUGAAGAAAAAAUUCGCUCAGACAUUGAUGAUCUGUUGGAGGAAAACCUGGAAUUCUGGUUGAGGAUUAGCUCUUCAGUUCAACAGUUACAAAAGUUCCAAUCUUCAAUCCAAGAUUUGCGUGAAGAGUACCAGAAACUAAAAAAUAAACAGCAUGAAGGAAGUGGUAAAAAACAUUCUUUACAAUCAGAUGCCAGACCAAUAUACAGACACCUGAGAGAGAUACAAACUGAACUAUCACUAUGGUUGGAACAUAAUGCAGUACUGAAAGAUGACCUACAGAAUAGAUUCUCAUCCUUAUGCAUCAUUCAAGCUGAGAUAUCAACAAUAUCCAAUACAGAUUCCAAAGCAGAUAAGACAGAUCUUUGUAAAUAUCAGGCUGCAAAGUUUCAAGGUGAGAUCCUCAACAUGAAACAGGAGAACAAUAAGAUUUUUGAGGAACUUCAUGCAGGGCUCAAUCGUGUGAAAUCACUGAAGGUUGAUGUUGAGAAGAUGCUGACACAACUGGAUGAGGAACUUGGGUUAAAGAAGUACAUAACAAAUCGGGCUCGAAUUCCCUUAAGGUCUUUUUUAUUUGGGGCUAAGUCGAAGAAGCAAAAGCCAUCAAUCUUCUCAUGUGUUACUCCAGCAUUGCAGAAACAAUACAGUGAUAUGGCAGCUGGAGUUACAAAGUAGAUUAGCCUCUCUCUACUUUUCUUUGUUUUAUUCACUUUUUAGUGUAUCAAGAAUCAUUGUCUGGAAUCUUUUCUCUUCAUUCUGAUUGUCUUAGAUAACCUUUGCAGAUAGAAAUUGAAGAGAGGUUAUUGUUGCCCUACAUUGUGUUUGUUGUAAAAAUAGAUGAUUUAAUAGGGAU